UCCGCGCCCAUGCUAGUAAGUAGCCUCGGAGAUUGGCGACAGCCGGGCUCGACUGUCCCAACUGAGGUCAUUUGCUUCUCCACCCCCGUGUUGCGCAAGGUGCUCCUCCCCGCGCCGUCUGUCUCAGCCGGGCAGUUGGCAGCUGGAAUAACUGAGCGUGGACCGUCCUAAUGCUGCCAUUAUUAUUUGCCAUGGGGAGGGGCAUCGAGUAUCGGUUUGGUGUUUUUUUUCGCAAUGGAUUCGACAGCGCUUUUCUGGCGGUGCCAGUUGUUUACAGGGCGAAGCUCUCCUUUCCGUCCGUCUCUUCUCCCAGUAGUUACGGGCAGGGGCGCUUAGAGCAGUGACAUGGACCAAGACCAGCUUAAUUGCCCGCCGGUUAACCUCAACGAGUUGCCGGACGACUCGCCCCCAGUGCGGGCCGCUGUGGUAGAGCUGAGGUGCAGAGCUGUGGAAGAGAAGCUAGAGGUCCGCCAGUCUGACCUUUCUGACGCCUGCCUGAUCCGCUUUUUGCGGUGUCGAGACUUCGACAGCCACCUGGCCUGGAAGGUUUUCAAAAACUACCACAAAUGGAGAAGGGAAUGCCCAGAAGUAACUGCAAAUCUACAUCCAUCGUCUGUUCUUAGCUUGUUGCAAGCAGGCUACUGUGGAAUUUUGAAAGACAGGGAUCCAAGUGGUUCUAGAGUUGUUAUUUAUAGAAUUGCACAAUGGGACCCUAAUAUAUUUACAGUAUAUGAUCUCUUUCGUGUAAGUAUUAUGCUAUCUGAGCUUAUUAUAAGAGAGCCCGACACCCAACGGAAUGGAGUCAAGGUAAUCUUCGAUCUCCAAGGAUGGAAAUUUGCUCAUGCGUUUCAGAUCACUCCAGCAGUGACCAAGAAAAUAGCAUUUACACUCACAGAUGGUUUCCCAAUAAAAGUUCGAGGAAUCCACGUGGUUAGAGAGCCUCUAAUUUUUUACCAUGUUUUUAAUCUAAUUAAGCAUUUCCUUCCUGAAAAACUCAAAGCACGGAUCCAUCUGCAUGGGAAUAACUUUGCAUAUGGACUCCAGAAACAUUUUCCAGUCAGCCUUCUCCCAGAAGAAUAUAAUGGUGAAGCAGGCACUUUUGAAGAAUUUUCUAAAGAUUUGACUGACUUUUUAAUGGAAUCUACAGACUAUCUUCAAAGUAUUUCUCUUCUUGCAUAACCACUGACAUGAAGUAAACUCUAUCUGGGAUGGAGAAUACUUAUUAACCAGAAUGAGGUACUGAUGAAACUAAUGCUUUAAGUUACAGGAUCCAAAGGUCAUGGAAAAUUUAAAUAGGUGUAGACCCAGAACUCCUAUCCCCAAAAGAAACAGUUAACUCCAUUAAAAAAAAAUUAGAGGUGCUUUUUGAUACUUCCAGUCAUCUGAUCACUUAAAUAUAAAAUUACUUAAGAAUCAAUAUCAGGUGUUAUGAUUUGAGAAUAAGGUUACUUAGAAAAUAAAACAAGAAAGUCUUUUAUAUGAAAGGGAAUUGUUUCCUCCCUAGAAAAUGUUACACAACUUCUAAUUGUACCACCUGCUGAAAUUUGGCCUGCCAAAAUGUAAAUAUAGCUUCUGCUAGAUCAGAACAAACAUUUUCCUAGUAGCUAGCUAGAUGCCACAAAGAAGCUGACAAACAUGGUGAAGUACUAAUAAGCUGUUUCCUGUGUUCAUAUCUUGUGCUCAGUUUUUCCCCUAUUUUUAUGUCUUCUGUGAAAUAAGUAUUUCUUUAUUCAUUUUGGACUGCUUGUGAGUGAUGCUGUAUUCAGACUAUUAAUAUGUGCGUGUUUCCUCUACAGUAAGUCUCUAUGUUCAGUGGAACAUAGCACUCAGCAGUAUAUGUGCCUAUUUAGAAUUAAAUGCUUUAGACUGAGUUACCCAACACAAAUUUCUUUGGUUGAUAUAAAUCAAAAAAUUACCAACCGAAUUUACUAAUAUGUUAUAUCAAAACAAACACUACUGAGAUGUAAUGUGAUAGCCUGGUUCACAUAGGGAUGAUUUACUGGGUUUAUGCUUAGCCACUGAGGUCUAAAAUAUAUAAUAUAUGCUUUGAAACUUUGUGUACAUAUAUCCAUAGCUUUUAAAGGGACUUUCUCUUAGGUGAGCUUAGAUGUUAUUUCAUUAUGCAAAAAAGGGUUAAUAAGCAGCUUUGUAUCAGUUGGUAUAGCAAUUACUCAUUUUUACUACUGAUUUUUUAAAUCUUAGUUUUUGCUCAUGUAAUUGUACUUGACAUAAUUCUCAGGAAUAUAGGUUUGAGAGCUUCAAUUGCUGUAAGAAAAAAAUCAUAGAAAUAAUAUUUAUACUAGAAAGCCACUAAUGUUUCUCUAACAAAGGGCAUACUAUUAUCGCAAUUUGGGCACAAUAUGCAUCUGAAUCAGAUAUGGAGGUAGGAAGUAGAAACAUUCAUUUUACUUUUUCAGACACUAGAAUAGAAUAGAAUUUUUUACUGGCCAAGUGUGGACACACAAGGAAUUUGUCUUGGUGAAUAUGCUCUCGGGAUACAAAAAAGAAAAGAUACGUUCAUCAAGAAUCAUAAGGUACAACACAUAAUGAUAGUCAUAGGGUACAAAUAAACAAUCAAGGAAACAAUAUCAAUAUAAA